UCUGUCCGCUCGCUCUGCGUCCUUGUUACAUUAGUUCCGCCCGCACACCAACGAAAUAACGACAGUGUUUUGGCCACCGGGCGCCAGCCCCCCGUUUGCAUUUGGGAACGGGGACCAUGCGCUCCGUUUUUGGUUUAGUUGCUGUGGUCGCGGCGGCUACUUUUUAUCUUUAUCUCCUGUCUAAGUUUCUUCCACCGGCACCAAGACACCUUCCAGGGGCAAAUGAGGCAGAAGUGCCCGGGCAAACGGAGAAAGACGUAGAACCCGAAGAAUACAGCCUGCGGUUCCCCUCAGACUUGGAUGAGCUGCGGGUGCAGGCAGGCCUCCUACGGUUCUACCGGACGGAGCACGCCGGCUAUGUGUGGCUGCUCUUCUGCAGCGCCUACCUCUACAAGCAGGCCUUCGCCAUCCCCGGCUCCUCCUUCCUGAAUAUCCUGGCGGGGGCUCUGUUCGGACCAUGGGAGGGCCUCCUCCUGGCGUGUGUGCUCACCACCUUCGGCUCCGCACUCUGCUUCCUCCUGUCCCGUGUCUUUGGGAGGCGUCACGUCGUACGGCUGUUCCCGGACAAGGUGGCCCUACUGCAGGCCAAGGUGGAGGAGAACCGGAGCAGCUUGCUCUUUUUCCUGCUUUUCCUAAGGUUUUUCCCCAUGACUCCCAAUUGGUUCCUCAAUAUGGCAUCCCCGGUCCUCAACAUUCCUAUUGGCUUGUUCAUUCUCUCCGUCUUCAUCGGUCUUCUCCCCUACAACUUCAUCUGUGUACGCACAGGUUCUAUCCUCUCCGAGAUCUCCUCUCUGGACCACAUCUUCACCUGGACCACGGCGCUGCAGCUGCUCGCUCUGGCCUGUGUGGCUCUGCUCCCGGGCGCCCUGCUCCGCCGCUGGGGCCCCCGCCGCCUGGCACUCGAGGGCCUUGAACGCAACGGCACGGGCACCCGCCAGAAGAGCGAGUGACCGGCGUGUUUCCAGCGGUCGCGCAUGGCACUGGCCGGCUACGGUUUGCAUCCCUCCCGGAACAGUCGGGCCCAAAGAUGUAUGUGCAUGCAGACUGCUGGCAUUUCACGAACAGCUGCGAGGGAGUGGAUUUGUGUUUUUGUCCUGACUUGUUAAUUUUAUCAUCUUUUUAUUGGUCAGUAGGGGGGGAGGUAUUCUUGAUGGGGGUGCUGGCUGCAUCCCAUUCUCAGGAGGGGGAGGGUGGUGUCCCUGGGGGACCAUGGAGAUGAGGGAUUAAGAAGAGCUGUGGUGACUGCAAGGCUGGAAUGGGCCUGAGGCAUUAAGUCCCAGCGGGGGACAUGCUGUUAUACCCUUGGUGGAUUUGGUACAUGUCGUGCUUGAUUAAGGUCCUGCUUCUCACAGCUUCACUGAGCAAAGAUGCACUAGAGCUGUUGUAUACCAAAGGAGAGUCACUGUGCAUGACGGGGAUGAACCGUGUGUGUGUGUGUGUGUGUGUGUGUGUGUGCGUGUGUGCGUGCAUGCAGUUUUUGGGGGGGGGGGUCAGUUACACAGUCUAAAUCCAGAUUCAGUCCAGAUUCCCAGUCACUUCCUGUCUACUGAAAGCGCUGUCAGAAUCCAUCGUUUUUUUAAAGAGCAUUUUUGUGUUUGGUGUUAAAUCCCUCACAUGGUCAACGUUUGGCCCCCAGUUUAAGGCCUGCAAUACUGCUUUUUUAGAAAGUAUGUGAGGAUGUCGAGAGCAAACCUCAACAGGUCCCAUGUCUGUAGUUUUCAGUCUGCUGGCCUUUGCACAGCUAGGUUCAGGACCAGUGUGUAAGACCAUGUGUGUCGACUUGUCGUGUGUGUUUGCUUGUGCUGUACAGGGGUUUGAGGAAUUUCCUAUAUCUGGACACUUCCUGUGUUGGAUAUUUGCUGUGGUUCCCCAUGACUUUCCAGUAGCGGCCCAUGUUUUCCGGAUUGUUCUGAAGGCCAGUGAUGAAGUGCCUUAAUAAUCUUCCUGGCUUCUCCAGCCACCCCCCCCCCAAAGACAGGCAAUAUUCCAUCAUUAUAAAUAAAAGCCUUUUGUUUGAGUGGAUUGGAGGUUUAUUGCUGGUCAGAGGAUGUGGCCUCCUGCCCGCCCCACCCUCUGUGGGUUGGUGGUGCUGUCCGUCAGUCAAACUAUGGUAAUGGUUCUGGUACCAUGUGACCAGCUGCAGUACUUGAGCCCAUGCCUGCUCUGCUGCCAGUGGCAAACUGGGCCAAACUUGGACCUGCAGCACCUGGAAUGCUUCCAGCUACAUUUCUGGACCAGGCCGUCUCCCAGCACCACAUCCCAUCCAGCUGCAUUUCUGGACCAGGCCGCCUCCUGGCACCACAUCCCAUCACACGCUUACUGGUCCGCAUUCCGGAACCAAUGAACUAUCCAAUCAGGGUGCAGAACUGCCGGCGUGUUCAGAUCACUGGCUCAGAUGCGACGGCAUCCCGUGAGGGUGCCCCCGCUCGCUGCAGAGGUCUUCUUGUGUGGACGGAUGGGAAGGAGCCUGAUCUUCAGAUUUAUCACAGAGAGAUUUAUCACACAUGGGUGUUCAUUACAAUUCAUGUAGCCCUGAGUGGUGGGGGCUCUAUGGAGGGGGCUCUUGUUACCUAUUCCCUAUCCACUUCUCAUAAGCGCUGAUGGAGGCCACAGGUGUUUGCUAAUAGCAACGUGGAGCAGAAGGACUGUGGGGUAACGAGGCCGCUUCUCACACACCUUCGCCCCCAAAUGCGUCUUCGUCAGCUUCUGGCCAGGAACACUGAUCAUUAGUCUUCCUGUGUCACUCGUAACUCUGGACGUAAUUCUGGGUAAAUUGUGGGCUGGAGCGGUUUAUUGGUUAUUUAAGCAGCGACACAGGUGCCAUUCGCUUGUAAACUGGCCCUUUUGUGGGGAGUUAUCAUUUAGCAGUUUGUCCAACGUGAAUCAUCAGACAGGCCUUUUGCUGUUCAAGCUGUCUUACUGGGAUUGUUUUUGGCUGAGAAUGGUUCUUUUUUUUCCAGAAAGAUUAAAAAUGAAACAGUU